UGCUCGCGUUUCUGUUCCGGACCGGCUCCCGUGUCUGAACCGGAUCCGCUCCUGCCUCUGAUCCGGUUUCCGAGUCCAGCAGCUUCCACGCAGGCAGCACGGGGUCCUGACAGUGAGGGUGUCCCUCCCGGUGCCGGUACAGCCCCGUCCCCAUCGGGCCGGAGAGAGAGAGAGAGAGAGGGGGCGGGAGCCGCGUCCAGAGCCACCAGCACCGCGGCGGCAGCGGCAGCGACAGCGACAGCGGCCUGAGGGAGCGGCUGCUGACGUGUUCCUGAGCGGGAGAGACCCCGGACCGAGCCAGGCCCCCGGCCCCUCGGCCUGACUCGCUCCCGGGAUGGAGUCGCUUUACCACCAGACCAAUAAGCAGAUCCAUGAGGUGCAGACCCACAUGGGGCAGCUGGAGAAGGCGGACGCACAAUCUAUUCACUUGGUGGAAAAUGAAAUCCAAGCCAGAAUAGAUCAGAUUUUCAGCAGUCUGGAGCGACUUGAAAUACUGACCAGCAAAGAGCCUCCAAACAGACGGCAGAAUGCCAAACUCCGAGUGGACCAACUGAAAUACGACUGCCAGCACCUGCAAACAGCUCUGAAGAACUUUCAGCACCGCCGCUAUACCCGUGAACAACAGGAUCGAGAGCGAGAGGAACUGUUGUCUCGCACGUUCACAACCAAUGAUGCUGACACAUCAAUAGCAGUAGACGAGUCCUUGCAGUUUAACACUUCUAUAAUCAAUGCACACAAAGGAAUGGAUGAUCUCCUGGGGAGCGGGUCCUCUAUUCUAACUGGACUGCGGGAUCAGCGGAUGACUCUCAAGGGAGCACAAAAGAAGAUACUGGAUGUGGCAAAUAUGUUAGGAAUGUCAAACACUGUGAUGCGCCUAAUUGAGAAACGGGCCUUCCAGGACAAGUUCAUCAUGAUUGGUGGGAUGGUGGUCACCUGCAUCAUCAUGGUUUUGGCAGUUAAAUACUUGACAUGAGUAGAUGGCGGACUCUGCUUCAGGAAAAAAACAAUAGGUAUUUCCAUGAAAAGACUGUCCAAGUGAUUAUCUGACUCAUUGAUUUCAGGCUUCUGACCCCCACUCUUUCCCCCCAACCCCACCCCAACCUACUUCAAAGUUAUUGAAUAAAAUCUAGACUAACAGCCUGGAUGAAAAGCCCUUUACACGAUUUGUAAUACUGCUUCUAAUUGUUUUGAAUAGCAUCAUUGAUCAAAGAUUUGAUAAUGGCUAGUAAUGCUAAUUCUAAUAAAUACAAUGCUGGAUUCUAACCAUUUUAGUUUUGUGGUACCUGGACGAGAAACAACCUUCUCAUAAAAAGCACACCUUUGAUAAAGCUGAUUUGAGUGUGUUUCCAGGAAGACACUUUGUUGUAAUGGUGCUCCCACCUCUCCCCACCCUUGGCUUUUCUUUUUGAACAAAAAUCAAGUAAUUCCAGGUUGCUGAGGUGACCAUUUCAGAAACAGCAUUUUUUUUUAACAAAAUCUCUUAACCCCUUGAGUCAUUAAAAUGAGACUUUUCCAUAUUUCCUCUGACAAAUACUGCAACCUGGUGCCUCAGGUAAUGGCUAGUUGCCUGGGGCCGCACUAUCCCACUGCACCACCUGUUGAACCCUCAAUUCCCUAAAGAAUGAGUUCCUGAUCCUGGCCAUGCUUCAGAGGCAGCUGUUGACUUGAGCGGUUUGCCACUUGCUGAAUGAGAAACUCUUGAGAAUGAGUGAACCCAGGCUACCCACAUGCACCAUCUAAUGAUGGGUUCCGAACAGCAUUGAGAGGACAGAUCUCCUACUCCUGCCCGUAGCUGUUCAUCCAGUGAUAGUUUUCAACAAAACAUCUCCGACGGGGGAGAAACAGGAGUUAGAUUUAAAAGAACACACUCUCCUGCUGAAUGAUUCUACUCCUGUUGUUUGGGCCUGUAUUUGUAAUAAGCAGCACACUACUUUUUACUUAUUCAGUCUAGAUAGUGCCUAGGUAUCAUCACUAUUUACUGUGAAGAUGAGAAAUUGUAUUCUUAGUGUGUCUGCACCAGUAGAGAAUAGAUUUGGAGAAAAUGGAUGUAAUGUGAAUUGUUCCUCAUUGGAAUAACCUGUAUGCUCACUGUGCAUCAGACUGUGUGAUCAUGUUCCACAGUAUUGACUCUUAGCCUGCAGGAUACUCUGGAAUAACUGAAAAGUAGCUGCUGUACUUUCAAUAAAAAAAAACUAAAUUGCUUCCCCCCCUCACUGCUCUUUUGUCUCUAGUUCAAUGUUCUUUUAAUCUUUGGUUGAUGCUUAAAGAAACUGUACUUGCCAUUCUCAAUGUAGACUGAGCUCAAAUUACAUUUUAGAAACAUUAAAACCGCCUCUGUUCAGGCAUUCAGUAGAUAUCCAGAGACUCCUGUAAAUCUAUUAAAGUCCAAAGGUGCUUCUAAUUUCUGACUGCGUUAAGAUACAACAUGUGAUUUCUUGUGUGUCCUGUGUUAUGGAAUGGCUCUAGAAAUGCUUUGACUUGUGACUGUGCACACUUACACGUAUAAUGAUUUAAUGCUACCAUUACACCAGAUGGGGGUUGUAAUUUAUUUUGACAUUCUGUCCAUCAGACCGUGAAUCCUGUCUUUCCACCUCAAUGGGUUUUGAAUAUAUAAUGUAGAUUUUAAUCCAAAUCUUAGGAGGUAGGCGUUCCUCUUCCUGUGCCUGGGACUAUUGGAUUGCCUGGGCUGUAAGGAUAUACAGGAAGUUGGGCUGGGAGGAGUGCACAACCACAUGGAAGCUUGUCUGAUCUUUUGUCUAUUUAAAGUAAUAGUAGAAAUUAGGCUGAGUCCAGUCGGGGUGUGCACUUCCCACCCGAUUUUCCUGUGUUCACUACGCCCAGGUGAUCCAGUAGCCCAAAGCACAGGAACACUUGCCGUGUAAAUCUUUCCUCUGCCAUGCCCUUGAUUAAUUUUUCAAAUGAGCAUGCUUUGAACUGUUGCAUAUGAUGUUUGUGUAUCUGUCACCUUGAUAACUCAUUGCCAAAUUUGGUGAUGAUCGAAAGAUUCAUUUGACUUCCUUUUCUCUUUUUCUCUGGUUUACUUCUGCUUAGAAUUAUUAAAGUACUUAAUAUGAAUGCAAACAUUCUGUGCUUAAAAAAAGUUUCAUCUCAAUAAUGGAAAAAUGUUUCAGUGGAUUGUUCACUAAGUUUGAUAACAGACCUUUAUCUUUUCAGACUCCUAUUGUUGCCAAGUGAGCUAGAAAUUGUAUCUUGGGUGCAUUUGCAGCUUCCAAAACAUUAAAUCUAAUAGAUUUUAAAUUUAAUGUUACGAUAUUCUGUCACUCACUAGAGAUUGGGAUUUGGUGAUGAACAGUUGUGAAACUUCUGAUGAUGGUCUUGGGUGUUGCGCUGCUUUCUUUUAUUUCCAAUUAAGUUUCUGAUGUAUUCACAUAUUAUUUAUUUCUAAGUCAUCUCCAUGGACUGUUCUGGAAAUGUCUCUCUAAUGAACAUUCCCAAUAUUAAAAACUCUGCAGGAUUGAAUAAAAUCUAAACUAUGAA